AUGAAAACAGCGUUGAGAUUUUCCAUAAUUUUUCUUUUCUCAUCUUUCAAUAAUCUCAUUUUCGCUGCACGUACAAAUUCUUUUGGUUUACAAAGUCACGAACGAAAACUGAGCAGAGAAAAACGAUUUUUAAUUUUUAACAACGGUGGUGUCGCUAAAUUUAUUGGUGGAUAUCUUGGACCUAUUGAUACCCCACUUUUCAUAAACUGUAAUGCGAUUAGAAACUUUCAAUAUCAAUUUAAUGUUCCACCUAACGUCACAACAAUUUUUACCAAAGUUCCGGCUCGCCAAAGAAGCUUAAAUGGGGAAUUUAUUUUUAAAUCAGAUUCGUCGAGAAAAAUAGCUUACGAUAUCGUUGAACAAGUUUUAACAAAAGAAGGAAGAAAUGGUCGUGAAUGUAUAUUACGAGCAAUUUGUGAAGUCGCCGAAACGCCAGUCAACCACAAUGGACUGAUCGGGGAACUCGUUCAACUUUUCUUCACACCGGGAAAGCACGAGAAAAUACAUCAAGAUUAUUUAGAUGCCCGAAAAGCUGGCAUAAGCCACGUUAACUGCGAAAAGAUUUACGCCAACUGUCCUCUCGGUCAUGGUAUUUUAGAUUCCUUCUCUUUAAUUCAUGAUUUUGGCCUUGGGGGUUUCGCAAGAUUCUAA